AGGAAGUUUUCUAUUCCAAAUGAUCUGGCCGUGGCACUCGACGCACUGUUGCUCAGUGCGCACAACUGUGGACCAACUGUAGUUUUCACCCGACAAACGUUUAGUAAUCGGAAGUUUCUUCAUAGGAUAAACUUGCACGGUGAGGUAACGACGACCAGAAAAAAGAUAACAAACCAUGUUAACGUCGAGAAGUUGACACUUCAACUUUUGAAUCAUCAUCGCUCCGCACUUUGAGUGUGCCUUCGUGUUGUUUCCCUAUGGAGAACACUCCGUGCGUUCUGCCCGUAAGGGUGUUGCUGUUGUGUCUUUGCUUUUCUUUAUGCUCGGCAACAUUUUCCAUUCCUCUGAAAAUCUUCACUGGCAAGUUCGACUCGUCUGUGGACCUGGACCUGACGUCCCUGCGAAAUGCACCCACAUCUGGCAGCGGUCUGUCUCUGGCGUCCGACCCUUUGGGUAUUGUUAACUUCUUGGACAUGGUGAAUAACUUGCAAGGUGAUUCGGGAAGAGGUUAUUACAUAGAAAUGCUGAUCGGGACACCAAGCCAAACGCUCAACAUCCUGGUGGACACUGGUAGCAGUAACUUUGCCGUGGCUGCAGCGGCACACCCCUUCAUCACACACUUCUUCAACAGAGCUGUCUCCAGCACCUACUCUUCCAGUGGCCGUGGGGUGGCGGUGCGCUACACGCAGGGUAACUGGGAAGGUGAGCUGGGCACUGAUGUAAUCUCUAUACCCAAGGGCCCCAACGCCACCGUCACCAUCAACAUCGCCGCCAUCCUCUCCUCCGACGGCUUCUUCCUGCCCGCCAUCAACUGGCAAGGCAUUCUGGGAUUGGCCUACCCUAUGCUGGCCCGGCCGGACUCGUCGGUGGAGCCCUUCUUCAACUCGGUGGUGCAGCAGACGGGCAUCCCUGAUGUCUUCUCUCUGCAGAUGUGUGGAGCGGGCAUCGCAGCCAGCACCAGCACCGGCCUGGCAGGGGGCAGCCUGGUCAUGGGAGGGGUCGAACCAACUCUGUACCGGGGGUCCAUGUGGUACACCCCCAUCAUGCAGGAGUGGUACUACCAAGUGGAGGUUCUCAAACUGGAGGUCGGGGACCAGAAUCUGAACUUGGACUGCAGAGAGUAUAACUCCGAUAAGGCCAUCGUGGACAGCGGCACUACGCUCCUCCGGCUGCCUGUCAACGUCUUCAGAGCUGUGGUGGAUGCCGUCUCGCGGAACUCUCUGAUCCAGGAUCCAGCCUCAGGGUUCUGGACGGGUACUAAGCUGGCGUGUUGGUCCACAGGGGAGAACCCGUGGAGGUUCUUCCCCAAGCUCUCCAUCUACCUGCGUGGAACCAACGCCAGCCAGUCCUUCCGAAUCACCAUCCUUCCUCAGCUUUACAUCCAGCCAAUCGCAGACAACGUGGAGGGCACGAUGGACUGCUACCGCUUUGGCGUGUCGUCAUCGGUGAACGGGCUGGUGAUCGGCGCCACGGUGAUGGAAGGCUUCUACGUGGCCUUCGACCGCGCCCAGAAGAGGGUGGGCUUCGCCGUCAGCACCUGUGCAGAGUUGGCGGGCCUGCCGCUGGCUGAGAUCUCGGGGCCGUACCUGUCUGAGAGCGUGUCGUCUGACUGCGUGUCGGGCUCGCUGCUGCAGGAGCCGUUGCUGUGGGUGCUGGCCUACUCCCUGAUGGGCCUGUGUGCCCUGGUGCUGCUGGUCCUGCUGCUGCUGCUGGUGUUGCCGUGCCGACGCGGUCGCCGCGACAGCCUCAUCACCGACGAGUCGUCGCUCGUUCGCCAUCGCAUCAAGUGACAUGAAGACCGAGAGGAAUAGAAAGAGAGCAAUGCUCAACAGUGUUUCAGUUAAAAAACUAAAGGUGUGUUUGUGUGCGUGUGUGUGUGCGCGUGUAUGUGUGCGUGCAUGCCUAUGUGUGCGCGUGCCUGUGUGUAUGCAUGUAUGCAUUCAUGUCUUCUGGGAGAGUGUGAAAAAACUCAUCAGAACAAAUCUACUUUGUUUAUCGAGAUCCUUAUUUUUUCCAAAAGGGUUCAGGGACUGCUUGGGCCCAACUGUCUUAAUAAUAAUAUGAAGGAUUUUACUCAUUUUGUGUCAGACAUGUUUUUAGAAGAACAGAUUCCACCGUCAAUAUUCUAUAUAGCCUCCACGCUUUAGAAGAAGAAUUCACCAUGGGCAUAGAGUAUUGCCUAUUAAGAUUGUGGUGAGGUAGGAGUGAGAAAUUGUUUAUUUGUUUGUUUAUUUGGUCUGCACCAUGGGAGUAAUGGUUCUUUGUUCCCUCGUUGGUUCCUAUGCAAUUGACGUCACCACGUUUACUUGUUUCGUCUUUGUUAUGGGAGUUAAGUGAUUUUCCACGUACUAUCCCAUGGGAUUCACGUUUCUAUUUCUUUUCAGUUGAUAAAGACAUUGAAAAGUACGGACUUGGGAUACGCUGUUCUUGUGUUUACCAAGCUUCAGCUUCAGCUGACUCAUAGGUACCCAUUGCUAGUCGCACUCCGUAGCCGUCUUGUGAAGUAUGGCUCCUUCCGAUAGUGAAAAGCCAUUGUAAAACAACCCUGCCUACAAUAGUGUUACUAGAAUCGAAACAACGUAGCCAGAUCAAGUUAGCCAGCAGUGGUUAAAGUCAGCUUAAGUCAUGCAGCAUGCUGCUUCAAAAGUUUAUGAAGGGCACACCUGUUGGCACUUGAAACUUCUUGUCCUUUGAGGUGUGUGUGUGUGUGUGUGUGUGUGUGUGUGUGUGUGUGUGUGUGUGUGUGUGUGUGUGUCUUUGUGUGUGUGUGUGUGUGCGUGCGUGCGUAAAAAAAUAUUCCCAUCUUUUGGUGUAACGUCCAAUAUGCAGUGCAUUUACUUUCUUGCAAAUCGACAGGGUACAGCAGCAUAAGUAACAUGAAUGGUCACAGGAAGUGAGGAAGAGAAAAA